CGCGGAGUCAGAUUCAUCACUGUCAUCUGAUCUCAUCUAUCCAAAACUAUCCCGCGUUCCCUGUCCAGUUUCCACCUCCCAUGGAGUCUCUUUCCUUAGCCAUCUCCAUUCCCACGCGUUCCUCUGAUCACUGCACAACUCAACUCCUGAAGCCCAACUUCAACUCUCUUCGAUCAUCCCUUUCAACCCGAAAUUUGACCCCCCAUUGCUCAAAUUCACCACAAAACCAUGUCAGCCUAACGCCUCUCUUGCCCCGACCGCAGGCUCUCACCGGCGCUAAUCUUUACGGGAACUCUCCGAAAGCCCUUUUCUUCUCUAUUUUCACGGGUUUAUCUUUCCCCUUUUCGUGCUUCGCCUCUGAAAUUGCUGCACCCACUGAAGAGAUUCCAAGUAAAAUAAAUUUAGAAGCAAUUGUGGUCUCCAUUGAUGAACUGCUCACUAGGUAUCCCUUUGUUGCUUUUGGCGUUGCAUUUAUUUGGCUUGCAGCAGUCCCACUCACUCAGCAGUACAUGCAGAAGUACAAGUUCAUCUCUGCCAUUAAUGCAUUUAAGAAGCUCCGGGAUGACCCGAAUUAUCAGAUGUUAGAUAUCAGGGAUAAGAGGGCUCUGGCCUAUUUAAAUUCCCCCAAUUUGAAACUCUUGAAAAAGAGUGCGAGACAGGUUCAUUUCGUUGGAGGAAAUGAAGAUGCUUUUGUCAAGGAGGUUAUGGAGAAAUUUCCAGAACCGCAAAGCACAAAUGUUUGCAUUAUAGACCAGUAGUUUUGAUGGUAACUCGAUCACAGUGGCUGAACUCUUGGUAAAAAGUGGUUUCAAAGAGGCCUAUGCAAUCCGAGGUGGGCUACGAGGCAGUAAAGGGUGGCAGGAGAUACAAGAAGAACUUCUCCCUUUAUCUGUUCGUGUCUACCCCAAGAAGAAAGCCAAAGUGUUGGAACUGGAACAAGGUAACAGUACAGAUGCCAUCCAGCCAGAUGAAGAUAUGGAUUCCGGUAUUAAAAGAGGUGAAGAGAUUAUCAAGGGAUCUGUUACAAUGCCCCUUGAGAUCAACUCAAGUGGUUAUAGGCCAUUAUCUCCCUAUACAAAUUACCCAGAUUUGAAGCCUCCGUCGUCUCCAACUCCAUCAAAGCCCUCGGUUGCACCGGUUGAUGCUGUGUAAUAGUUAUAUACAGAGAGUAGUCAUCAGUAGAACAGAAUUUGCAUUGUUUCCCUCCAUAUCAAUACAUGGUAGGGAUAGAAUGCAUUGAGGGGCCGUGUAGUGAGUAAUUGUGCAAGACUAUGUCAGGCAUAUGGCAAGUGAGGCCGUCACCUUCCCAUUGUUCUAUUUGUAGCUUGUAUAAUGUAUCCAUAAGAGUGUAAGACCAUAACCCAUAGCUGUAUUUCUUCUGCCAUUUGGUUAUUCCAAUAGAGAGAAUGGUUCAGUUUGUCACGUACUCACGUACACAUGCAUUUAAUUAUUGCUCGCCAUUAGGACUUUAUUAGCAACUUAUUGACAGUUUUUUAUGUCCGUUCUAGUCUAUUUAUUUUUCGAUUAGUUACUCUCAGUAACAAUGGAACAUGUCAUUUGAUCGUCAUAUAUAUAGAC